CUUCCCUAAUUAAAUAACGCCACGUCAUCAUCCUUCCGUUGUCACCGAUUGGGUAACCGACCACCUCAGACGGUGUCGGAGAAGUUUCAUUUCCCGACGCAAGUGGCAUUCUCGUAGAUAAAUUCGUAAUCGGUGAGCGUUCCAUCGAGUCGUUCGCUUAUAACAAAACUCCACCGCGAAAAAACAAACGCGAUUCGCCCAGAAGAAGAAACAAAAACUCAAUUUCGAUACCUCUUCUUCACACAACCCCCACAAGUCGAAAGCUUUGAACCUCAAUCUUCAUUCGAGAAGCUCAGGUUGGAGGAGAUGGGUUCUGAAGGACCAAAAGCGAUUACAAUUCACGUGACUGGUUUCAAGAAGUUUCUUGGUGUUUCCGAGAACCCUACUGAGAAAAUAGCCAAUAAUCUGAAGUCUUAUGUGGAGAAACGAGGGUUGCCUUCUGGGUUGAGUCUUGGUUGCUGCACUGUUCUUGAGACUGCUGGGGAAGGUGCAAAGUCUCAGCUUUAUCAGGUUUUGGAGUCUAGUGUUGUUGUCUCUGGAGAUAAUAAGAACACCAUUGGAACUGUUGUUUGGCUUCAUCUUGGAGUGAACAGCGGAUCGACAAAAUUCGCCAUUGAAAGACAAGCAGUCAACGAAGCUCAUUUCCGUUGCCCUGAUCAGUUAGGCUGGCAACCACAGCGGCUUCCUAUAGUUGUUGAAGAUGGAAGCAUUUUAAAGGCCAAAGAGACUUCAUGCUCGACAGAGUCUAUUUUCAAGUCACUGAAGAGUAAAGGAUUCGAUGUGGUUCAAUCAGACGACGCUGGACGGUUCGUGUGCAACUAUGUAUACUAUCACUCUCUCAGGUUUGCAGAAGAAAAGGGACACAAGUCAUUGUUCGUUCACGUUCCUUUGUUCUCCAAGAUCGAUGAAGACACUCAGAUGCAGUUCGUUGUCGCUCUCUUGGAGACAAUUGCAGCUACUUGCUAGUGUUUAUAUGUAAGUAUUAUGUAUAUCCUUCUACAAUGCAUUGUAGUUUGUGAUAAGAAAGACGAUUGCUUUUGGCUUUGGAAACUUUCUGUGUAUCUUGUAAAGCACGUUUAGGAAAGAAAGAGGCUGUUGUGAUCGUCUGUUGUAAUAAAAUAAAUUAUCUUUGUAUUCAUAAUGUCAAAGUUUGGA